UUGUUACUCAGGGACAGACAGAAUAAAACGUUCACUAAUGUAGGGGACCACAGAAACGUUAUUAAGGGCCAAGAAUUGAUACUUAGGGCCCAGAACCGUUCACUUUUGUGGCCACAGAAAUGUUACUGUAGGGCAACUGAACGUUUACUUAGGCACAGAAUUGUUACUGUAGGGCCACUUGAAUAGAAUUUUUGUAGGGAUAAAGACACAGAUAACGUGUUACUCAUGGGACAGUAAUCAAUACUUGUUUAACUCAGGGGACGACAGAAUUGUUAAGUGCCACAACCGAAUUAUCUGUGAGGGCUAUCAGAAACGUUUACUAGUGUUAGAACCUUAACACAGAAUUGUUGUGGGAUCACAGAAAAUUUUUCUUCCUAUUCUUGGAUUCAGGGCAAACACAGAAUUGUUACUAGAGGAACACAGA